CGGCAGUGCUAGGGUUACGACUUAAAAAUGCAAACAAAAAUAUUCCAAGCUGCCUUUGAAACCGUAGCGACGUGGUAGCCGAGGGCACCGGCGCCGUUUCCCUUUUCUUCGUUUCCAUAAAAAAUCCACGCAAAUCCUUAAAAAAAAACAAUCCACGCAAAUUUGUAGGAUUUCAGUUUCGAAACCAGGGCGAUCGAAAAGCCGACGAGACUCUGCACGGCGGCGGUGAGUCUUACGGUUCCAGAUGAUCUCGUUCGCUGCGACGCCCACCAAGUGCUUGACGUAAUGCCUCCUGUGAUCCGCGGGCGCGCGCGGAGGCGCUCGUCCGGGCGAAGCGCGUCGACGAGGAUGGCCUUGCCGGCGCUGGAGGCCCCGGAGCGCGACAGACUAACCGCGCUCCCCGACGACCUCCUGCACCGCAUCCUGGGCUUCGUUGGACCGCGGCUGGCCGUGGGACAGUGCAGCCUCCUGUCGCGCCGAUGGCGGCACCUGUGGGCGUCCAUGCCCAGCGUCACCCUGGACGAAUCCGUCUCCAGGGAGUUCGGAAACCUGCUCUUCCUCCUCCGCGAGGACGCCAAGCUGCACACGUUCUGCCUGCGCAGCUCCGACGACGAGGAGAACGACGACGAGAACAACUUCGUGUACCAGCGCAGGUGGCUGCGCCAUGUCAUGAGCCGCGGCGUCCGCGUGCUCAUGAUCACCCUCCACAGCAGCAGCUAUAGAGGCCUGUCUGGUUGGGAGCUGCCUGAUUGCGUGUUCAACUGUGCAACUGUAGAGACUAUCGACCUGUCGGUGACGUCGCCUUGGGAGCUCGUCAUAUCGCCCAAGUCUGUCUGCCUCCCUCGCCUGAAGAAGCUGCGCCUUGACUAUGUCAAUCUGUCUGAUUCAUCUGUGGUGGAAAAACUCAACUCUGGGUGCCCGGCACUUGAACACCUCGAUCUGGCCCGGUGCGGGCUCGCUCAGUCCAGGAUAUCAUCUGACACUUUGAAGAUAUUGUCCAUAACUGCCUGCGCUUACGAGGAGAUACAUAUCUUUGCCCCCAAUGUAGUUUCCCUGAGGUUAAAUGUUGCAGGAAGAGUUAAGCUGGACUCCAUGCCUUCCCUGAUGAGUGCUUGGGUGAAUAUUUCUGGUGAUGGAGAAAAUCAUCUUGCUUCGGAUGAACAUGAUUUUCUUAAUGCUCUUUGCAACGCCCAGCAUCUUGAGUUACUUAGGUUUGAUCUACUUCUCCAGGAUAUGAUGGAGAAUCCAGCUACUGAAGGUCCAACAUUUGGCGAAUUGAACAGCUUGUAUCUUGGAGAAUGGUUGAUCACUGAUUUCUACCAGCCAUUUGCUUAUUUCCUUAACCGUGCUCCUAAUUUGGUAUCUCUUACUUUGGAUCAAUGGAAGGUGUGCGAAGAAAAUAAUGGAAAGGUACCUCGUCUAUUGUCCACACGGAAGGAACAUAAUUACAAACUGAAUCUGGCACCUGCUCUAUCCACUGGCCUGGAGAAGCUCCGCUUCAGAAUCUCAAAAGGUGGCGAUGCUGGAGAGUUUAGCAAAAUGCGAAGGCUGCUGAAGGAGAAAACAAAGCCUGAAGAGACGGAGGUCAUAUGGUUCUAGUUAGUUGUUGGUGCUCAUUUCUUCUGGAGUAUGAUGCUGCAUUCUUAUUUUUCCCUAUCAGAGUUUGCGACCGGGAUCACAAAUAAGCCAUUUUAGCAUGGAUUGUUGAACCUCGGAAUAUUGUUACAGUAUAUCAAUUGUGGAACAUUUCAAUCUGUGCGUUGUGCUAA